AUGAAAGAAAUACACUUGGUUGUGCUUGUACAUGGAAUUUGGGGCAAUCUGAGCCACAUGGACUAUUUGGCCGACCAAAUCCAAAGAAAGUGCAUUCCGGAAAAGAACUCCGAAACACUCAUAGUGCACAAAACUGGCUGCCACUCAGGAUAUUUGACCUGCGAUGGAAUUGACGUCAACGGCAAACGUAUUAGCGACGAAAUUGUGGCUACUGCCGACUCCUUCAGUACUGAGGGCUCAAAGGUGGUCAAAUUCUCUCUUAUCGGAUACUCACUUGGAGGCCUAGUAUGUCGGUAUGCCUUGGGUAUUUUGUACAAUGACGGAUUCUUUGAAAAAAUAGAACCGGUGCACUUUGUGACCUUUUGCACUCCUCAUGUGGGAGUACUCAACCCAGGCAAGUCAUUGUCAUCUCGCGUGUACAAUUUCAUCGCCCCGUAUGUGCUAGCAUCGACUGGCUCGCAAUUAUUUCUCACGGAUCGCAAGGUUGUCGGAGAGAAAGAGUACUUGCCUUUGUUGCAGUGGAUGGCUGACCCGGCGUCGAAAUUCUACAAGGCGCUACUGUUGUUCAGUAGCAGAACGUUGUACGCAAACGCAAUCAAUGAUCGCCGCACGAGCUGGUACACUGCUUUUGUUUCUGGUCUUGAUCCAUUUAAUUCGAUGGUAAACGAGACGCUUAGCGCAUAUUCUCUCCAGUACAUAAGCGGAUACGAGCCAACGAUUGUCGACUUCUCCAAGCCAAUUGAGUUCAACAAAGUGAGUCGCGAAGCACCCGCUAAAUUUUCGCCGGGCCGUUUGGCUUACAAAGGAUAUGUCUGGCUCAAAGUUGUCGCUUCGCUUGUGUUCAUUGCUCCCUUGUACUCUUUGUACGUGGUGUUCAAUAGCAUUCACCAGAGAGUCAAGAUGAGUAUCAGACUAAAGCAAUUUGCUCGAGAAAGUGCAGACAGUCUCAAGACAUUGUAUGAGGCUACUGCUAUUGACGACCUGGUGAGUUCCUCAUAUGCUGUCAUCGAGAGAGACAACGAUAGCGACAAGGAUGAAAUCGCAAAUUUUUCUGACAGAUUCCAGGACCAAACUGAGAUGUUUGUGGAUUCCAUCUACAACGCGCUCAAUAGUGCCAGCUACUAUGACUAUCACUAUAGUGUGGUGAAGUCAAGCAAAGCGGUAGAGGAAAAGAAACCGAUACUUGAGCCAAAGGCACCUGUCACCCUCAAGGGUAAACUCGCCGUUGCAAAUUUCAAAGUGAACUUGACCAAUCCUCAAGAGGAGAUUGUCAAGGAAUUUAACAAGUUGAGCUGGAAUAAGUAUCCAGUUAUUAUCAGAAACACGAAGGCCACUCACGCAGCGAUGAUUCACAGACAUGAUGACCCUACAUUUAAAGAAGGGAAACUUGUUGUAAAUCAUUUUGUGACUCACGUCUUCACAGUCUAA